AUGACACAAGACAUAUCAAAAGAAGUGCUAGCUCUUUCCAUCCAUGUUGCUGCAGCUGCUUCUUUAAUCACUAUCUAAACUCAAUAGAGGAUGAUCUUAGUUACAAAUAGUGUUUUAGAGAGUGUAGACUAAACUUUCAAGAUUAUCAAUUCGAUUAUGAUGUAAUCAUAAAAAUAGUCUCAUUUGGACGCAGUUAUAGAGGAAUUCGACGAUGAUUGUGGAAAAGAUUCAAAAACAAAAGAGUGUUAUAUCGAUUAAUAACUCAAUGUUACUAACGACGAACAAUUAGAUUAAAUUAGAAUUGAAAAUUAGAUGUGUUAAGAAAAUUGUAAUCCCAACUUGUCAAUCAAGUCAACCAAUUCUAGUUACUAAAGUGUUUAAAAAUCAAAAACCAUAUACUAAAUAUUAGAGGAGAAUCAACCUAACAAAAAUCUCAAAGAUGAUACUCCAAUCUAACCUUAGAAACAAUCUCUUCUUUCUUAUUAGUUAUCCUAAAUCAAAGUAGACAAGGUCAAAGAAGCCCAGGAAUAAAAAGAACUCAUGAUCUUGAUCGACCAAGUUGAUCCCGAAGAAUUAAUUACAAAAUUGAAAUCCUUAGAGAUGAUUUCUACUUACCCUUAAGAAAAUCAAAAUCAAUUGGAGUCAGUUAUAAACAUAAGUGAACCACUAAUUGUUUUAAAUGUUGAAGAGUGUUAAAGAUAAAAUAAAACAUCUCCAAAAAAAUCAGAAUGGUAUGAUAGUUCUUCAGUUGAAUACAAAGCUACAUCAUAUAAUACAAAUGAGUCUUCUAAUUUGGACCAUCAUUCUUAUAAAUGGAAAAGCAGUAGUAUUGAGGAUGAAAAUUUAUUGCAAGAUUGUGAAUUUUAAUUUUAAUCCUCAGUAUUUGAUUUUCCAUUUCCAGAAGACUUCUGUACUAAUAGUAUAAAUGUGUAAUAGAAUUUUCAACAAUUAGAAAAUUAAAACUAAUUUACGCCUAAGAAGAAGAGACUCUACUGCAAUAAUAAGAAGGUUCCUCAUUGGGCUGAAAACUUAUAGAAAGUUUAACAAUAUUAAUCCUAAUAAUAUCUAUUACCUCAUCAUUAAAUCUUUGGUAAGAUGAAGAACAGAGUGUUAGAGAUUGCCAAGUAGUUUUCAGAGAGCAGAUACUAAAGAAGGGGAAGUUCAGCCUAAUGGCACAUUCCUAAUAAGACUUUUGAGAUGAUGCAAUAAUAGAUGAAAAAACUAUAGCAAAUAUAAGAUGAAAAUAUAUAAAAACUGUAGCAACAUCAAAUAGAUGUAAUUAUAUGGAAAUUAUUAUAGUCUGCUUAAAAAAAUUAAGGCUUAUUGGCCAAAACAUAAUAUUUUUUAACUAGUAUCAAAAAAAAGAUCCUCAAUUCAUUUGAGAAAGAUUCAAAAUAUAAAAAAUGA